AUCUGACUUUGUGGUGAGCCCAGGAGAAACUGGUGACGGAAGGUGUUCCUGGGCGGAGUGAUAACAGCCGCCUGCUCCUGCGGGCCAGUGACCAGAGACGACUUCCGCUUGGCCCGCCCACCUUCACUGCAGGCACGCGGGGCGGGCCGGCGCACCAUAGCAACCAGCCAGUGCGUCUAGGAAAUAGACUCCACUGGGCCUUUUAGCUCCCGUCGCCACCACUCUAAGGAGACUUGAAGAUGUAUAGCCAGCGGUUUGGCACCGUCACAAGGGAAUUUACGGGCCCCACUCCCAAGGCAGUGAUCAUAAGAGCCAAGCAUCCCAAAGCUCAGAGGGCCGAGCAACAUCUCAAACGAAUCCAGCGCAGCUACCACAAGUAUCACACUACUUUAGCUUCCAUCAAGUCAAAUGAGCGGGAUCGCCUGAGAGCGGACUGGAUCCAGCACAAUGACCGCAAGUACUUUGACAGUCUGGUGAAAGCAAGAGUCAAGGAUGCCAUGCAAGGCUUUAUCAUCAACACUGAAGAGAGACGUAAUAAGCUACGUGAACUUUUAGCAUCAGAAGAAAACGAGUAUUUUACUGAAAUGCAAUCGAAAGGAGAAACCAUUGAAGAGAAAAAAGACAAAAUGAGAGAGAGAACCAAGUUAUUAAGAGAGAAGAAGGAAAAAGAAAGGCAGGACUAUGUAGCUGAAAAAUUAGAUCAGCAAUUCAGGGAACGCUGUGAGGAGCUCCGCAGUGAACUGGUUAGCAUCCACGAGAAAAAGGUAGUUGAGGAGCGAAAAGCACAGGUAGCAUUCAACAAGGAGCUGAAAAGGCAAAAGCUGGUGGAAGAGCAGCUGUUCGCAAAGCUCUGGGAGGAAGACAGAUUAGCCAAGGAAAAGAGAGAAGCCCAAGAAGAGAAGAGACAGAAGGAGCUGGUGGAAAAUACACGCCUGGGGCUGAAUGCUCAAGUCACCAGCCUGCUGGCGCAGAGGCAGGCAGCCCAGCGCUUGAAGGAAGAGGAGGCCCGCUUCCUGGAGGAGAACAAUGCGCAGAUCAAACGAGAGAAGGAACAAGAGAAGCUCCAGAAACAGAAGACAAGGCAGGAAACCAGGAAGAGUUUGCAAAAAGCGAUGCAAGAGAAGAUGGAGGCUGUGCGGCAGGAGCACAGGGAGGAAACAGACUUGAACAUGAAACUUGUGGGAAGGGCCCUUCAAGACUUAGAAGACGAGGCAGAUAAGAAGCAGCAGAAGAGAGAAGAAAUGGGAAGAGAACAGAAGAUAUACAAUGACUAUCUAAUGCAGCGACGAAUGGAAGAAAAAGCCCAGGAGGAAGAACUGGACAGAAUACUAGAGGACAUAAAGGCAAAGAAGUUGGCUGAGAAGGAUCGAGAGCUCGCACUUGAAAAGGCGGCAAGGAAGCAACUCAUGGACGAAGUCAUGUGUACAAGAAAACUCCAAGUUCAAGAAAAAGUGCAACGAAAACUCAAAGAACAAGAAGAAUUUGCUGUGCAACAAGAGCGCAUGAAUGAAGCCCUGAAAGUACUUGACUGUGAAGAGAGGGAGGAUUUUGCCAGGCGCUGUAACUUGGCUAAGGAGUACAGGGAUCAACUACGGAUGCAAAUUGCCUACCAGCAGCAGGCUCGGGAGGCAGAGAAGGAAGAGGAGCGGCAAGAGCUUGAAGCGGGGAUAGCAGCAAACAAAGCCUACCUGGACAGGGUGGAGGAGAUUCUCUCUGAGCACCAAGCUCUGUCCCAGAAUGUUCACCCCAUGCGCAGGGCGCGCCCCGACAAGCUUUCGCUAUAGUUUUAUUAACACCAAUGUGUGUUUUCUAUAUUUUUCAGUACUUUUAACUAAUGAACAGACUCACACUCCAUGAGUUUCUAUACUUUAUUAGACAUAAUUUUCUCCCUUCAAAUAAAUUUGUUCUUUGUUUGGAUACUAGCAAGUUCUUCAGUGCUCUGGCAAAAUACCUGAUAUUGUCAACUUAAAAAGAAAAAAAAUUUAUUUAGCUUCUAGUUGCAGAGGCUUACUGUA